CACCAAUUAAACCGACUACACUCUUCAAAAAAUGGCAAAUACAAAAUUAUCUUGCUUUAUACUAUCCUUACUAACUUUCUUUCUUGUAACCAAAGCUGAACAAUGUGGCUCACAAGCUAAUGGAGCUGUUUGCCCUAACGGUUUAUGUUGUAGCAAAUUUGGUUAUUGUGGUAACACUGAUCAAUAUUGUGGAGCUGGUUGUCAAAGCCAAUGUAAAUCUACUUCGACACCGACACCGACAACACCAACACCUAGCGGUGGUGGUGAUGUUGCUAGGCUUAUUCCUCAAAGUUUGUUUGACCAAAUGCUUAAAUAUAGAAAUGAUGGAAGGUGUGUUGGUCAUGGGUUUUAUACCUAUGAUGCUUUCAUUGCUGCUGCUAGAUCUUUUAAUGGAUUUGGUUCUACCGGUGAUGAUAAUACAAAGAAGAAGGAACUUGCUGCUUUUUUGGCUCAAACUUCUCAUGAAACCACAGGAGGAUGGCCAAGUGCACCAGACGGUCCAUACGCAUGGGGAUAUUGCUUUAUAAACGAACAAAAUGCACAGGGAGACUUUUGUACUUCUAGAGAUUGGCCAUGUGCUCCUGGGAAAAGAUACUAUGGCAGAGGACCAAUUCAACUCACUCACAACUACAACUAUGGUCAAGCCGGUAAAGCCAUUAAUGAAGACUUGAUUAACAAUCCGGAUUUAGUUGCCACAAAUCCAACUGUGUCAUUCAAGACAGCCAUAUGGUUUUGGAUGACCCCACAAUCAAACAAGCCAUCAAGCCAUGAUGUGAUUAUUGGAAGAUGGACACCAACUGCUGCUGAUAGGUCAGCCGGGCGGGUCCCUGGAUACGGCGUGAUCACCAACAUAAUCAAUGGCGGGCUCGAAUGCGGGCAUGGUCAGGACAAUCGGGUUGAUGAUCGGGUCGGGUUUUAUAAAAGGUAUUGUCAAAUAUUGGGAGUGAACCCUGGUGAUAAUUUGGACUGCAACAACCAAAGGCCAUUUGUGGCAAAUACAAAAUUCUCGUGCAUGAUACUAUGUUUACUACUACCUUUCUUUCUGGGAUCCAAAGCAGAUGUUGGAAGCCUUAUUCCUUCUUCUCUAUUUGAUCAAUUGCUUAAAUACAGAAAUGAUAAUCGGUGUCCUGGUCAUGGAUUUUAUACAUAUGAUAGUUUUAUUGCUGCUGCUGGAUCUUUUGAUGGAUUUGGUACUACGGGUGAUGAUACCACACGCAAGAGGGAACUUGCUGCUUUCUUGGCUCAAACAUCUCAUGAAACCACAGGAGGAUGGCCAAGUGCACCAGACGGUCCAUACGCAUGGGGAUAUUGCUUUAUAAACGAACAAAAUGCACAGGGAGACUUUUGUACUUCUAGAGAUUGGCCAUGUGCUCCUGGUAAAAGAUACUAUGGCAGAGGACCAAUUCAACUCACUCACAACUACAACUAUGGUCAAGCUGGUAAAGCCAUUAAUGAAGACUUGAUUAACAAUCCGGAUUUAGUUGCCACAAAUCCAACUGUGUCAUUCAAGACAGCCAUAUGGUUUUGGAUGACCGCACAAUCAAACAAGCCAUCAAGCCAUGAUGUGAUUAUUGGAAGAUGGACACCAACUGCUGCUGAUAGGUCAGCCGGACGGGUCCCUGGAUAUGGCGUGAUCACCAACAUAAUCAAUGGUGGGCUCGAAUGCGGGCAUGGUCAGGACAAUCGGGUUGAUGAUCGGGUCGGGUUUUAUAAAAGGUAUUGUCAAAUAUUUGGAGUGAACCCCGGUGAUAAUUUGGAUUGCAACAACCAAAGGCCAUUUGCUUAAGGAAAUUGGCGUUAAAGUUAAUUAUGAAGUACUUUAUCCGUCCCAAAAUAUAAGCAAAAGUUUGUCAACAAAAAUAAAUGUAUUUAGUUCAAAUUUUGAAUCAAAUAUAUCAAGUUUGUUUGAUUCAUUUUUACCUUAUAUUUUAGGACGGAGGUAAUAUAGUAAUAAUAAAGGGAUCACAAUGAAUGAUCCUACAUGUAACUGGAAUCUUCUUGCUAAAUAAAAUAGAUUCCACAUAGUUAAUUUAAAUAAAAUAAUUUUGAUGGCCGGUUUACCAUCUUUUAUGACUAAAA